AUGCUGCACAUUCUCGAAUCCCCCACCAACAACCGCUUCAUUCUCGCUCUCACCCUCAUAGUCGUCUAUCUCACAUUACGACUUUCCAACCUCAUCCUACGAACCUACCGAGCUCGCCAAAGAUGGCUCGAUAUUCCUGGUCUUCCCCGCCAUCCAAUGUGGGGCCAUCUGAUCAAUAUGGGCGAGAAGCUCAAUCCGGCCCUUAAUCGUCAUCCGGACUAUGCUUUUGAGCAAGUCUGGGAUUCUCUCGGUCGGCCAGACGCGUUCUUGAUGGAUAUGGAGCCCGUGGAUCGAUGCUUUCUGAUCGUCGCAGACCCUACCGUCUCCGAAGCUCUGGUCCAGCCGACUUCGCAAUUCAAGUAUUCGGCCCCCAAAAGCGAUACCCUCAAGACCAUGCAUCGCCUGGUAGGUCUCGAGUCAUUGAUCAUCGCCGAAGGAGAGGAAUGGAAGAAUCUUCGAAAACGAUUCAAUCGAGGUUUUGCGCCCUCUCAUCUCCAUUCCUUGGAUCCACUGAUCAUCUCCAAGACGCGCAUUUUCGUGGACCGCCUCAAAGCCUCUGCCGAGAAAGACGAAGUCUUUCCUCUCAAACGUUACACUCAGGAUCUCACCACUGAUAUCAUCACGGAAUUGACCAUCGAGAAGGACUUUCAAGCCCAGUCUCUGCCGGAGGGUGAAGGCCAUAAAGGACCCCUGGGCAUGCUGACCGCCUCGAGACUGCUCUCGACUUUAGUAUUUAAAUUGGGUCAAGGAUUCAAUCCGCUGCAUUACAUCGAUCCUGUCAGGCCGACGAAAUCAUGGUUCUACGAACAAGUCUAUAACCACGAACUGGCCCGGGUUAUUCGCCAGCAGAUUUCCGCCGAACAGACGUCUCCAGACAAUGGGAACAUGAAACCGCCCAAAGACUCACCCCAGAAGACGCAACAGAAAUCCAUCACCCGUCUUGCGCUCUCGGGCCUGACUCCUAGCAGAGGGCUGAUCCGCAACACGGUCUCGCAGAUCAAAUCAUUCCUUUUCGCCGGACAAGACACAACUGCUACCAUGAUCCAGUGGCUGUGUUUUGAACUCUCCAAAGCCUCAUGGUCUGAACCCCAUGCCGCGAUACUCUCCCAACUCGUCGCCGAGCACGAUGCGGUGUUCGGCCAAGGCGACAACGGCCAUCAAUUUGACGCUCUCGACAUCCUGGGCCGCGAGGACGACGAGGGCAGAAGAGAAGCAGAAGCCAUUCUCGGCCAUAAGUUACCGUACACAUCUGCUUUUAUCAAGGAAUCCCUCCGAUUACAUCCGCCCGCCAGUACCGCGAGAUACAUUCCCGAGAUCUCCUCCGACAAUCCCACGGCCGUGAACGUCGUGCUUCGCACCUCAUCCUCACCUUCCGCAGAGAAAAGAGAAGUCAACAUCAAUGGCCUCCGCAUCUACUGUGCCCAGUACCUGAUCCAUCGAAACCCGGCCGUCUGGGGUGCUGACGCGCAUAUCUUCCGCCCUGAACGCUGGCUUGAUGACCACUACACCGCGUCUUUGCCCACGGGGGCAUGGCGGCCGUUUGAGCGCGGGCCACGGAACUGUAUCGGCCAGGAGCUCGCGAUGAUUGAGGCCAAAGUCGUCAUGUGUGCGGUUGUUCGAGGGUUCAGCUGGGAGAAGGUCGGGAUGAGUGGUCGUGUAGAGGUUGAGGGAAUACCGAAAGGUGAUGGGACCGAUCAUCCCGACCGAGAGGUCUGGAGUCUCAAUCAAGUCACGAGUGUGCCUGUGGAUGGGAUGAGAAUGAGGGUGAAGUUGAAGCAAUGA